AUGCCUCCACAAUCACGCAGCGCAUAUGUCGCCUACAUCCUCCCAGCUGAAGACCAGGCGAUCGAGAGAGAACGUCCAAACCGAACUACCAUUUCACGCGAGCGACGGAACAUUGGCAUUCUUGGCGGCCUCCUCCUCGAACCUGUCAACGAGAGAGCACGCAGUUGUCUCUCAGCUGAGAUCAAGAGCUGCCAAGGAUCGUAUGAGAAGCUCGUCGAGCUUGGGCAGUUCUACUACAUCAACUUCAUUCGCCAUUUCAAAUCUGCCGCAGUCCGAACGCCUCGGAUGGCAUCUCCCCCCUCCAGAUCGUCCUUCGAGAGUGCUGUGGAUGAAACCGGCCCGCAGCUCGCCCCUACCCCGCAAAAUCACUCGACAGCAAAGAAGCAUGCACUCUUUCGUGAUGGGUGUCAGUGCAUGCUGACCGGAAAAUAUGACGUCGAAUUGGUGACACAGCAUCGUAAUAAAUUCCCGUCUGACCUUUGGCUUCGGAUAGAGCCCACACGCUGUACACAUAUCAUACCCGAGUCCGUCAACAACUUCGCUGAUGAUUCCAAGAAGGUGGGGCAUCAUUUCCAUGGCUGA